AUGCUGGUCAUGUUUACGGGACGCCCACCAUUCGUGGAGGGUGAUGGACAGGAUCAGCUGGUCACAAAAUGGGCGUCGGACUGCCUCUCCUCAGGGGACUCAGGCAGCCUCAAGCACCCCACAAUGGACGCCCCUCCAGAUGUUGUGCUGCAUGUGGCUCAGCUCGCCCUCACCUGCACCGCGGAGCGCACUGCAGCCCGCCCAAGCAUGGCACACAUCGCCAACGAGCUGCAGUCCAUCCGGGAAGAGGUGGUGGGGAAAGUGGAGCUGAUCGCGGCAGUAAAGGUGGAGGUGCUGGAUGAUGUGCUGGAGGAGCGGAAAGACGAAGCACACCCCAACCCGUUCCACAAAGACCCCGCCAACGCCCCUGAGCAUCCCGCCACCGAGGAUGAUGAGGAUGAGGGCGACGAGGCAAGGCUUUCUGGGGAGGAGGAUGUGGUGGAAGUUGUUGACAAGGAGGGGGAUGUGGGGGGUCAGGAUGAGGAGGAGGAUGAGACAGAUGCAGAGGUGGGAGGUGCGGAUGAUUAA